AUGGUUGAGUGCCUGAAGCUAAAGGAAGCCUUGGACAACUGCUUGGAGAAGCCAGUGACAUUCUAUUUUGUGCCUUUUUUUUUUCCAGGUGGUGCACUGUCAGAUGUGGAGUCUUUUGUAGUGAAUAAAGGGGAGGAAUUAAGGCUGACGUGCAACGAGGAGGGACCUGUGACUUGGAAUUUCCAGAGCUCGGACCCAUCAGCAAAAGCAAAGAGUUCCAGCGAGAAGGAGUGGUACACCAAAAAUGCAACAGUCAGAGACAUAGGCACAUACACGUGUAGAAGCAAAGGGAGUAUUGUCUCCUCUUACUAUGUUUUUGUUAAAGAUCCAAAUGUGCUCUUCCUUGUUGAUUCUCUGGUCUAUGGAAAAGAAGACAGUGACAUCCUGCUAGUGUGUCCACUAACAGAUCCAAAUGUUACAAAUUUCACACUGAAAAGGUGUGAUGGCAAACGUCUCCCCAAAAAUAUGACGUUCAUUCCAAAUCCCCAGAAAGGCAUCGUUAUAAAGAAUGUGCAGAGGUCAUUCAAGGGCUGCUACCAGUGCUUGGCCAAGCACAAUGGAGUUGAGAAGAUAUCAGAGAUGAUUUUUUUGAAUGUGAGACCAGUUCACAAAACUCUUCCUGUCGUCACCUUAUCAAAAAGCUAUGAGCUUCUCAAAGAAGGGGAAGAUUUUGAAGUUACAUGCAUAAUCACGGAUGUGGAUAGCAGUGUACAAUCUAGUUGGAUUCCUCUCAAAAGUGGGGGUAUUACAACCAAAAGCAGAAAUUUGCGUGAUUAUGGAUACGAAAGGAAAUUAACAUUGAACAUCCGUUCAGUGGGAGUUAAUGAUUCUGGAGAAUUCACAUGCCAAGCACAAAACUCUUUUGGAAAAACGAAUGCCACAGUAACCUUGAAGGCUCUAGCUAAAGGAUUUGUCCGCUUGUUUGCAACAAUGAAUACCACAAUAGAUAUAAAUGCAGGACAAAAUGGAAACUUAACAGUUGAAUAUGAGGCAUAUCCAAAACCAAAGGAAGAAGUCUGGAUGUACAUGAACGAAACAUUACAGAAUUCCUCAGACCAUGAUGUCAAGUUCAAGACUGUGGGCAAUAACAGUUACACAAGUGAACUUCACCUUACACGCUUAAAAGGAACAGAAGGAGGCAUUUACACAUUUUUUGUGUCCAACUCUGAUGCCAGCUCCUCUGUAACAUUUAAUGUCUAUGUGAAAACAAAGCCUGAGAUUCUCACUCUGGAUAUACUUAGCAAUGGUGUUCUCCAGUGUGUAGCUGCUGGAUUCCCAGCCCCUACUAUAUACUGGUACUUUUGCCCAGGAACUGAGCAGAGGUGUUUUGAUUCACCAACAAUAUCCCCCAUGGAUGUCAAAGUUGGUUACACAAAUUCAUCAGCCCCGUCAUUUGAGCGGAUCCUGGUUGAAAGCACCAUUAAUGCCAGCAUGUUCAGGAGCACCGGCACCGUGUGCUGUGAGGCCUCCAGCAAUGGGGACAGAAGCUCUGCUUUCUUCAACUUUGCUAUUAAAGAGCAAAUCCGUACACAUACCCUUUUCACCCCUUUACUAACUGCAUUUGGAGUUGCUGCAGGACUGAUGUGCAUCAUAGUCAUGAUCCUGGUGUACAUAUAUUUGCAGAAACCCAAGUAUGAAGUUCAGUGGAAAGUUGUUGAAGAAAUAAAUGGAAACAACUAUGUUUACAUAGAUCCAACGCAACUUCCUUAUGAUCACAAAUGGGAAUUUCCUAGAAACCGUUUAAGUUUUGGUAAAACCCUUGGCGCUGGAGCUUUUGGGAAAGUUGUUGAAGCCACUGCUUAUGGUUUAUUUAAGUCUGAUGCUGCUAUGACGGUAGCAGUAAAGAUGUUGAAAACCAGUGCCCAUUUAACAGAGAGAGAAGCCUUGAUGUCAGAGCUCAAAGUGCUGAGUUACCUUGGAAACCACAUUAAUAUUGUGAAUCUGCUUGGAGCUUGCACUAUUGGAGGGCCCACUCUGGUCAUUACAGAAUAUUGCUGUUAUGGUGAUCUUUUGAAUUUUCUGAGACGGAAACGAGAUUCAUUUAUUUGUCCAAAACAUGAAGAACAUGCAGAGGCAGCUGUUUAUGAGAACCUUUUGCAUCAGUCAGAGCCUGCAGCUGAUGUUGCCAAUGAGUACAUGGACAUGAAACCAGGAGUGUCAUAUGCAGUCCCACCAAAGGCUGACAAAAAACGGCCUGUGAAGUCUGGAUCCUACACUGAUCAGGAUGUUACCCUUUCUAUGCCGGAAGAUGAUGAACUUGCUUUAGAUGUAGAAGAUCUGCUAAGUUUUUCUUACCAGGUGGCAAAGGGCAUGAGCUUCCUUGCCUCCAAAAACUGCAUUCAUAGGGAUCUGGCCGCAAGAAAUAUUCUUCUGACUCAUGGUCGAAUUACAAAAAUCUGUGACUUUGGCCUGGCGAGAGAUAUAAGGAAUGACUCCAAUUACGUGGUCAAAGGAAAUGCUCGUCUUCCCGUGAAGUGGAUGGCACCUGAAAGUAUUUUCAAUUGCGUCUACACCUUUGAGAGUGACGUCUGGUCUUACGGGAUAUUGCUUUGGGAGCUCUUUUCUUUAGGAAGCAGCCCCUAUCCAGGGAUACCUGUGGACUCCAAGUUCUAUAAAAUGAUCAAAGAAGGAUACAGGAUGUUCAGCCCUGAGUGUGCACCACCUGAAAUGUAUGACAUAAUGAAGAGUUGCUGGGAUGCUGAUCCCUUGCAGAGACCCACAUUUAAACAAAUUGUACAAAUGAUAGAGCAGCAGCUUUCAGAUAAUGCCCCCCGGGUUUAUGCCAACUUCUCAACCCCACCUUCCAGCCAAGGAAAUGCUCCAGAUCACUCUGUGAGGAUUAACUCGGUGGGCAGCAGUGCUUCCUCGACUCAGCCUCUCCUGGUACGCGAAGAUGUUUGAAUGGCAUGUGAAGAAGAGGAGAUCAGAUGUGUUAGCUGUUUGUAUUGUGCAGGGGCUGAGAGAGGGACAACUUCAGUAAUUUCUCUUUCUUUUACUCACUACUACCACUGUGUAGCUGAAAUGUUGUUGUAAUACUGUCCUUUACCAUGCACUGUUAUACAUAAACUUAAUCUGCUGAGCACGGUUACAGGCAUCAUUGCAGUGUUAAUUGAAGCUGUAUAUAUUUUGCUAUAUUGUGUGUAUUUGCAGUAGAGAGCCAGAUGUGAAAAAAACAUCCAACAAAAGAAAUCCUAAGCCAGGGUGUGGAGUUAGAUGACUGUAGAUCAAACCAAAUCUGCAGUGGUUAGUCUCUGGAUCUGUGCCUGGAAUGCAUACAGUCAUUUUCUUGUUAAUCUUGUUUUUCUGAAUUUCUGAAAUAAACAAGUGUUAAGUUAAUGGUUUUGUAAACCCCUUUCCACAUCCAGCCAAGCCUGAAAGGCUUUCUCAGGCAGGUAUUAUAGUUUGGAGGCCAAUGAGGGUGCUGUAUUUACCUGGGAAAAAGAGGUGAAGGAA